CGCACUUCCUUAGCAACGUGUAUCUGAACCAGGAAGUAGUUUAAGCUACAGCUAACUAGCUGCUGUUAGCGCAGAGGAGUGAAAGUCCUUGGCAGCAAAGUUUAUCCGUUUUCCCCCCCGUAGUCCGUCCACCCCUGUGUUUUAAACCCGUGUCACAUACAAUCGUGGUAAGCAGGCAGUUUCGUUGCUGGUAGAAAAGGAGCGAAACUCGUGUAUGAGGACAUGGUUUAUCUCACCACGGGCUAAAUGGGCCACGAUAGGCCUGUGAAGUUAUGCAGGGUUUAUGGAAAGUCUAAUGAAUGCUGCUGAAGAGCAGCAGCCCCCCUCCGCCCUGGCCGACCCCUGGUCCUUAAAACCAGAAUCAAGCAAGAAUCAAAAGCCCAAAGGUGUUGGUGGAUUCGUCUUAGUGCAUGCAGGAGCAGGAUACCAUUCUGAAUCUAAGGCCAAGGAAUACAAGCAUGUGUGCAAAAGAGCCUGCCAGCGAGCUGUGGACCGACUCAAAGCCGGGGCACUCGCAGUGGAAGCAGUCGCUGCAGCACUCGUUGAACUGGAAGACUCUCCUUUUACAAACGCCGGCAUGGGCUCCAACCUGAAUUUGUCAGGGGAAAUUGAAUGUGAUGCGAGUAUCAUGGAUGGGAAGUCGCUGCAUUUUGGGGCCGUUGGGGCGAUUAGCGGUAUUAAGAACCCUGUCUUAGUCGCAAACCGUCUACUGAGUGAAGCGCAGAAAGGGAAACUAUCAGCUGGCAGAAUACCACCGUGCUUUUUAGUGGGGCGGGGAGCUCACGAUUGGGCUGUGGGCCAUGGGAUACCACCGUGCCCUUCAGAGAAAAUGGCCACCAAGUUUAGUUUAUCGGCGUACAAGAGGAAUAAGCGAAAGAUGGAGCUGGCUGAAAAAAUGGAAACAGGACAUAAACAGGCCAAGAAAAGACGACAAUCAAGUGAAAAUGAAAACGGUUCAGGGUGCCUGGACACCGUGGGGGCCAUUGUGGUGGAUCUGGAAGGGAACGUAGCUGCGGCGGUGUCCAGCGGAGGACUGGCCAUGAAACAUGCCGGCAGGGUCGGCCAGGCUGCUCACUAUGGAUGCGGCUGCUGGGCAGAAAACGCUUGUAAUAUGAACCCUUACUCCACAGCAGUGAGCACCUCAGGCUGCGGAGAGCAUCUGAUUCGCACCAUGCUGGCCCGGGAAUGCUCUGCUGCCGUGCAGUCUGAGGAUGCCCACCAGGCCCUGCUGGAGGCCAUGCAAAACAAGUUCAUCAGCUCACCCUUUCUGGUCGGUGAAGACCGUGUUUUGGGUGGAGUAAUUGUCUUGCGCUGCUGCAGAUGUGUGGAAGCUCAGCCAUCAAAACAUAUUCAGGGUAUACUGGUGGAGUUCCUAUGGAGUCACACCACAGAGAGCAUGUGCGUUGGCUACAUGUCGGCCCAAGACAGCAAAGCAAAGGGCAUCGGUAACACGGUGGUAUUGGAGAGGGCGGCUGAGAACACAGCUGCUCCAGCAAAACCUCACACCGCACUACGAAGCUCCCAUGUGCUCUCGUGGGCGCAAAAACCGGAGGAACUGGACGUUCCGUAUCUCUUCACGCCUCCACACUGGAUGCAAAACAAGGGCCCAGCGCUGCCCCCCCCCCCCCCACCUAUCCUCCUCCGUUUAGAGAACUCCGUAGGAGAAGCAUCUGUUUUCUCUUCAAUCGGGGUGAAGUUCAAAAAGCCAGAGAUGGGAACCUUAAUGCGAGCAGGCUCCAGUCAUAAUGCCCGUUGUCUGUGAACUCUUUUAAAAGUUGCCUCUGUGACUCGGAGGCCCAGGAGGUGACGUCAAGGACUGCAAGUGUUCGAAGCACAUUGGACGGAUGAGCUCAAGUGGGAGCAGUGCAGAUGAGGGUCAAUGCUGCUGACCGAGCUGCAGCAAGACAUACAGUACAUAACCGUUCUUGCAAUGAGGACUGUCUUCAUUGGGUUGUUGUAAAUGCUUGCUGAGGACAAAUUAGUUAAGUAUUGGUGUUCGCAUUGUACUUUUAAGUUGAUCAACCUAAAUAAUUUAUUCCGUUUCCAGCACUUUUAGGAAUACCAGUGCACUUGGUUUGUGGAGAUUGCAUGUAAGAGCAAAAGCCAUCCACAGUCUCGGCUGCAAUGUUACAGACAUUCCUCCCAUUCCUAUUUGCAUCCCACUGGGUGUUUCUAAGCCGCUAGCAGUCCAUCUUCCACCGCUUUCCCCCCGGUAAGAACAUGAAAGGGCGGCUCCACAGUAGCAGAGGGGAGUAUUUAGGACAGAGGUCAGUCUGGAUUUACAUUGUGAGUCUGCUUCUCUUUUGCAUUUUAAAGCCUGACAUUCGUAUGUAUGUUUUCGUUGAGACAAGUUUCCCGAAGCCAGGAGGACUGUGAAUCACUCCGCUGUUUGGAGCAAAGCGACUUGGACGUCAGAGCAGUUUUUCAGAGACGGCGCUAGCGGUUCCCCUGAGGUUUUUCUCGGUCUUCACUCAGCUGUUGUCUUUGGGGGCCGGUGAAGUCCAGUGUGUGUCCUAAUCCUUUUGACAGGACACUGUAAAAGAGUUAUGCGGCCCAAGCGCUGCGGAGGGAGAGCAUCUGGUUUCAUUCAGACACUCACCUGCGUUGGCGCUGGAUAAACCCAUCGGAACAUCAAGCCGUCUUUUACAGAGCCACACAAAGCUACGUGGACAGACCAGUGGCGGCACUCCUAAAACUGUUGGACUGUUGUUUUAUUGUUUGUCGUGAUUGGACGGAUGAAAGAGACUCGCAGGAUCCGUAGCAGCACCACCACGGCUCAGUUCCCUCCUCCGCCAUUACCACUAUAAAGCUUUUCCUGCUCAAAUUGGGCGUAGCGGGAUAAAUCAAAAGGCAUGUGAUUCAGGCCUCCUGGUUAUUGUCUGCUUUGUAUAUUACAUAACAAAUGUUUUUUGUUAUGGGCCUUUUUUUUACCAUACAUUGAGCAUGGAGAAUAAAUAGCAUAGGCCUACAUUUGUUUUUUUUAAUUCAAUAGAAAAGUAGCAGAAACCACUAAAACAAAAGCAGCGACAACAUCACAGAGCUAAACUGAUCCUGGCUUCUCCUAAACACUUUCAUAGCUCCACAGAAUGUUGUUUGUCUGUGACAGAUACAAUUUCUUUGCUCCUCUUUCAACUCCACUUACUUUUCAACGCUGGUUCUGUAAAUAUUGCAUUCCACCACAACAAAUGCAAACGUUCUGAUUUGACACAUUUUGUAAGAAGAGACCACCAUCAAUGCAAUCCUAAUAUCGGUUUGAAGUGAUGUUCUAUCACGGAGAUCUGUCUUGGGCCACCAUCACCCAUUAAAACGGUCCAAAAAGUUUUGUUUCAAUUCACCUUGGUACUACACCAUGUUGCUUAUCCUUCAGCGUCCUACUAAUCCAUAUAUAAGAGGAAAGCGAUCGUAAACAUUGGCCACGCUACCGUCCCCUCGGCUGGAACCUAGACGUCUGGAUUAGCGACGCAGCGAGUGAAAGGCACGCAGCGCUCAGAGCGCAGGGGUGCCGUAAUGACCCACUGGUUUGGUUUAGUAAGCCUUUUACUCUUCCUGCUCACACAGUCAAAUGGUCCAUUCUGUCAGAUUGAAAUCCAAACUACACUCCUAACACGCGCUGCAGGGUUGCGUGUCGGGGUGAUGGUUGGAGCACGUUGGUGUCAUUGUCAGACAGAUCUGAAGUCAUGCAGCUGUAAGCCAAUUGCCCCCGGUGGUAUAUUUUCAGUUGUGUAUUCAAUUUGGUUUGAAAUUAAAAGUUCAUUUUCAACCCUUUCCCUCCGACAGGCCAACAUCAAAAGCAAAAGACGGCACCGUUAGUUGAUUAUGUCUCAGCUAUGGACCUUCAGUCAAAACAGUUUCAAAAGGGCCUUUCUUUAACCUCAUCUUUCGAAGAUGAAGGGGAGAGGAGGAACCCGGAAACGGGCCACUGGAGGCAUAAUAGCCCCUGAAAGUGUUGCCAUGUGUGCAUUGCCCUGUCUGGCUGCUGUCCCAUUGUAGUGACAGUUGCCCUCGGGGAGCCAGGGGCCGCAGUCCAAGCCUCCACUGAAAGUGCUGUAGAGACUGGGGAUGAGAUGUCAGGCCCAUUCAGUGUCCUGGUCAAUAAGUGGAUGGUCUCUUCCUCCCAAGGCGGGGGUCACCUUUCGUCCCCCAGUUGAAGUAUCAACCCCUGUCUUCACAGCUGUGUUUGCCCUCUCUCUCCCUCCUCUAAGUUGCCUCCGUCUCUGCUCAAACACAAAAUACUAGCGGCCUGUUUCCAUUUGUCUCUCUGUGGAUCAUCUGCCGACUUUAGAGUUGCGUGCUCCCAAUGUUUACUGCUUUCAUCUGGAUUAGUAUUUCAAUUAUAUUUGUGUCAUUAUUAUCUCCACCUUAACUUAAAUCAGGCAUUUGGUUCUUUGGUACAUGGGCACAUGCACAACCACCCCUUGCUACAUGUUGCUAUUUUCACGACUAGUGUUCGCUCAUAAAGGUUCCAGUAGUUCCAGCAGUUUCCCUUGCCCCACGUAGCCCUGCCUCUGUAUGUAUAUCUCUCCUUGGAUGAUGGUGUCAGUGUGUGUGUGUGUGUGUGUUUGUGUCUCCCUUGGUCAC